AUGCCGAUUGCAACGGAAAUUGCGCAGUUCUCUCUGAUCCCUGGACAAGACCCCAGGAAAGCUGGCUCCUCGGCUGCCCAAUUCCUUCAGAAGACUUUGGACAUAGUGAAGCAACAGCCGGGAUUUCUUCGUGGCUUUUGGGGUAUUCAAGACGGAGAUCCAAGUGCCCUCGUCGUGGUGGUUGAUGGAGCCGCUAAUCCUGUGAAAGACUGGGAGGACAUCAAACACCACCAAGACCUGGUCAACAGCCAAAACUUUGCGGCUAUGACUGAAAACCUGGUCAAUGUGAUCACCUUCGACAAUGGACCACCAGUUGUCACGCACGUAAACUUCACCUCCGAUGCCUCGAAUGUCUAUCAAGCGUCUGUCACUGCGGUGGAAUCCUUCAGAGUACCAGAGGAUGCGAGUCAAGAGCAGAAAUCGGCAUUGGAGGACUCGUUCGUCCACCUUGCAAAAUUCUACACAACCAAAACUGCCUGCAGUGGAUACGCAAGCGGCUGGGUUGUCGAAACGCUUCCAGAUGACAACGCCCCUGGAGCCAAGGUGCUUAGCUUCACUGGCAUCUUUGGCUGGCCGGUAAACGAAGAAGUUAAGAGUGUGAGGAGUAAUCCUGGUGACCCUGCAGUUGUCGACGCGAUGGACCCGAUUACAGGAGUUGCUCUACCCAGAAAGAAGGGAGACGCCUUCCACGUCAGCCUGCGCCGUUUUGGAUAG